AUGGACGUGAUCGUAAACUCCGAACAACAACAACAAGAUGAACUACAAAAACGUGGUGGUGGUGAACGUUUGGGCGAGACGAGGAGGGAGAGUGGUGGCGCAGUCGCGUCGUCGUCAUCGUCUCGAGAUGGUAACGGUUGUUCUUUUUUAGGUAAUGUCUUCACCUCGAAGAUGGGACAAACAACGAACGCGGUGCGGCAAAACUGGCGCGACAUGAGAGACCAGUUUUCCACUCGAGAGGCGAACGGGAGUCUCGGUGAUUUAGGGACGUUUUUACCGCUUUUGCUAGGUUUGUCCAUCACGCAAGGGUUGGAUUUAGGGACGACGUUGAUUUUUACCGGCGUGUAUAACGUUUUCACCGGGUUUCUGUUUGGUAUUCCGAUGCCUUUGCAGCCGAUGAAGACCAUCGCGGCGGUGGCGUUGUCGGAAAAACCGUUGACCUUGAAUGAAGUCAUCGCAGCGGGGAUAUUUGUGUCGAUUAUUGUGUUCAUAGUCGGUGCGAGUGGGAUGAUUGACCAAUUUAAUCGCGUGACGCCGGUGGCGACUAUCAGCGGAAUGCAGCUCGGCCUCGGUUUGAGUUUAGCGAAGAAAGGAUUUACGUUGGCGGCGUAUACGUCGAGCUCGAUGGGGAGUUUACGGCCUUGGUUUGAACGAGAUGGGUUGUUUUUAGCGAUUACGAGUGGAUUGAUUGUGUUGUGGACGAGUGCGCCAAAGCCGCAAAGCGUAGCUGCGAUGACGACGAACGCGAAGAAACGCAGCUUACCUCGCGUCCCGGCGGCUUUAGUUUUAGUCGUUUUAGGCUUUAUUCUCGCGUUGAGCGUCCCAAACGCGACGAGAAGUUUAAAGUUUGGCCCGACCAAGCCGAAGUUGUUAAGCUUAAACUGGAAGGAAGCGAAAACCGGGAUUGUUCGAGCUGGCAUUCCGCAAUUACCGCUGACCAUGCUGAACUCAGUCAUCUCCGUGUGCGCGGUGUCGCGAGAGUUGUUUCCGAACCAUCCGGCGAAGCCAAGAGACGUGGCGACAUCGGUCGGGUUGAUGAAUUUAAUGUCGUGCUGGUUUGGCGCGAUGCCGACCUGUCACGGUGCGGGUGGGUUAGCCGCGCACUACCAUUUUGGCGCGAGAACAGGUGGUGCGAUCUGUUUUCUCGGCGCUUGGAAAGUCUUGCUAGGUAUUGUCUUCGGGAGCAGUUUACUUGAACUUCUCGCCAACUUUCCGGAAAGUGUACUCGGCGUGAUGCUUUUUUCCGCCAGCUGUGAACUGAUGGCGACGGGUUUGCGAGGAUCGCCGAAGCAAGCCACCGAGGCGAGCGAGAAGUUCGUGUUGUUGGUCACGGCGAGCGUCACGGUGGCGGCGAAAUCAACCUGGGUGGGUUUCGUGUUUGGAUUAGGGACGCACGCGCUCUUGCUCGCACGAGCUAAGAUUGAAGAUUGGUUGAACGAUCGUGUUGCGUGCGGUGGCGACGACGUGAAUGAUAUUAACGCAGUUGAAGCGAAAGUCCAAGUCGCCACAAGUUGUUAG